AUGGAAAAAGCAAGCAGAUGGAUCACAAACUUCCUUUUAGGGAAGAAGGAUGACAAGAGAUAUGCUGUUCAAAAAAUUACCGGUCCGCCGGCCACUCCAAAGGUGAGGAGGAGGUGGAGCUUCGGGAGGUCGAGCAGGAAAGAGAUUAGGCACAGAACCUCAAAGUCUGUGGACUCAGUUGACGCUUCUUGUCUCGUGGCUCCGAGUAAGGUGGUCAUUCCGGAAUCACAGCCUCUUCUUUUUCAGUCGGCAGUGAUUUCUGUGGAUGUUGAGAAUGCCGCUGCCACGAAGAUCCAAGCAGUCUUUCGGGGAUACUUGGCAAGGAGAGCAUUGUGGGCUUUGAGGGGGCUCGUGAAGCUGCAAGCACUUGUGAGGGGUUACCUUGUGAGGAAACAGACCUCGGCAGCUAUGAGUAGUAUGCGCGCUCUGAUGUCGAUUCAAGUCCGAGCUCGCGUCCAAAGAGUCCAGAUGGCCGAGGAGACGGAGUUCAUUCUCAGAAGGAGACGGUCCGUCCACAGAAAGUUUCCCCGGGAUAAUGGGAACAUGAAAGUACAGAAAAUGAUGAUGGAUACCAAUGAUCAUGAAAUUUGUCGAGUUGCAAAGAGCAGGAGCGGCUACUUCGACCUCCCGAGGUUUGAAAGAAUAGAACGAGGGUACACAACUUACUACUCCGGCGACCUCAUGUCAUUAAAUCAAGAACAGCAGUACAAGGAGUGCUACUUAUCACCAUCGGCACAAAACACGCCUAGGAUUCAAUCUUCGUCCAUCGGCAAAGCCAAAUCUACGAGAACAUCCUUCAGUUUCGAGCAGACAGAUUGCAUCGAUCCUUUUGUGCCACAUUACAUGGCCAAUACUGAGUCUUCGAAAGCAAAGGCCAGGUCACAGAGUGAGCCGAAGCAGAGGCCUAUAGGGAAGAUGCCACGGAAGAGCAAGCGGAGAGCUUCAAUUGAUGGGGGUUCCCCUCUCCCGAUUGAGACUCGAGUGGAGAAUCCCGCUUCACCUCAAGUGAAGGGCCGCAAUCGUGAGAAUCAAGAUUCGUGGUUCAUUAAGCUAUACCGGUCGAGGAGACCACUUAGGGACCAUGAGAGCGAAUCUAUGAGCACGGUGACAAGCCAAUCGAACUACGGCUCGCCUCUUCUUGCAUAUGAGCCUCAUGUAGUUAUGUACUGAUAAUCAAGCAGCAGAGGACUUGAUGCUCGAUGGAAGACCCACUGAGUGGUUACCGAAGAUAAGAUUGCUAUUUACUUGGCGAGUCCUAAAGGUUCAAACAUCACCUAUAAUAGAAGACGCCCGCAGAUUCUCAGAAAGCCACUGGUCGUCGACUGUUACCGAAAUCGUUCAGACUGUCUGCUAAUUUAAGGACUGAAACAUAGCUUACAGUGAAUAACCGAAUUUUUCAAUCGCUGUAUGUUGUU